GAGCCGUCCCGCGCGCGACCCCACCUUAUCCGCUUCGGGAGGCCGAUGUCGUGAGAAAGCUGCACCAGUCAGCCGCGCCCACACCCGCGGCUAAACCACAACCACCGCCAAGCGAACCGGCAGUCGAUCGGCAAACGCCCCCAUCCACUGAGCGGCAGGCAGCCAACCACGCGAGUACCGAGAGCGCACGGCGACCGGCAUGGGUGACGUGGCCGUGGCCGUGGCCGCGGGCGGGCUCUCCUCCCCGCCGACCCCGACGCCGCCGGAGCUGAACAUGGUGGCGCACGCCGUGGAGCGGCUUGUGGCGCGGAACGACGCCCUGCUGCUGCUGGCCCACGCGGAGCAGGGCAGCGGCGAGGGGGUCACCGCCAUGGCGGCGUUCGAGGGCACGGGCCCGCCGCGGAUCGGCGUGGCGCAGUACCUGGAGCGGGUGCACCGGUACGCGGCGCUGGAGCCCGAGUGCUACGUCGUGGCCUACGCGUACGUCGACCGGGCCGCGCACCGCCGCCCGGCGGCCGCCGUCGCGUCCCGGAACGUGCACCGGCUGCUCCUCGCAUGCCUCCUCGUCGCCUCCAAGGUCCUGGACGACUUCCACCACGACAACGCCUUCUUCGCGCGCGUGGGCGGGGUGAGCAACGCGGAGAUGAACAAGCUGGAGCUGGAGCUCCUCGGCGUGCUCGACUUCGAGGUCAUGCUCAGCCGCCGCCUCUACGACCUCUACCGAGCGCACCUCCACAAGCAGCAGGCCGACGACCACCACGACACGUCCAACAAGCCGGAUCAGGAGCCCUUGAGGGUCGACGGCGGCGAGGAGGACCACGAUGAUGACCGGAUCACGCGGCUGCCCGACGGCGUCUUGCGGUACGACUGGAGCCAGCAGGCACCGGCGGCGAAUGGCGCGCGGCGGCACUCGUCGUCGCAGGCACCGUCGCGGUACUCCUAGCUAGGUAGGCUUCGCCACGUACAGGGAUCAGUGUGCACAUUAACUAACUACACGUGUACUGCUCCGAUUCGAGGCCGAAAUCACUAUUUUGACAUUUUCAGAAAUCUUUGCCACUGAACUUGACAUAAAAAUAUUUCAGAUUCUUUGGGUAA